AAAAUUUGGGAUGUCAGCUGGGUACUGAAUUGGUCUACUGAUCUCUUCCACCCCUCUUCCCCACCCCCACCACUGUUGUUCAAUAUAUGGUUCUUGUAUUGUAUUGUAUUGAUUGAAGUAAUAAUUAUGUAAAGAAAAAGUGCAGCUUUUGAUUACUCAUAUUUUUGGGUUUUGGGUUUUGUUUGCUUUUUCUUUUUGAUGAAUUCAGAGGCAAAGAAAGUGAUAAAAAAGGAGAAAAAUGGAGCACCCAAGAAAGACAAAAAGCUGUAUAGUGAAUUUACAUGUAUACAAAUCUAUGCCUCUUGGGAUCCUCUGGUUAUGACUUUUGUGAAUAUGGGUUCCACCUUUUCUUGAAAAUGAAGAGACUUAUAUGUUUUUGAGUGCACUAUAAGAACAGAUUUUGCUACUUCUGAUCUAAAUUCAAUAGAUUUUAAUACAGUCAUCACUCAUCAAGCAUGAAGAGAUUUGGUAGUAGUGAUUCAUUGGGUGCUCUGAUGCCCAUCUGUCCUAAUACUACAGAUGAACAUGAGCAAGGGAACAAUCAUGUUUACGCAAAGGAGUUUCGGAGCAUGUUUGAAGGGUUAGAUGAGGAAGGUUGUGUUGAAGAAUUAGGCCAAAAGAAGAGGAGAUUAAACGUCGAUCAAGUUAAGGCAUUAGAGAAGAAUUUUGAACUCGAAAAUAAGCUCGAACCUGAUAGAAAGGUGAAGUUGGCACAAGAACUUGGGCUUCAACCACGGCAGGUGGCGGUUUGGUUCCAAAACCGCCGUGCACGGUGGAAAACUAAGCAAUUGGAGAGAGAUUAUGGCCUUCUCAAAGCCAGUUAUGAUUCCCUUAAACUUAACUAUGAAACUCUCCAAAGUGAUAAUGAAGCUCUAUUUAGAAAGAUUCUGGACCUGAAAUCAAAGCUAGACGAAGGUACUGAAAGCAAGGGUUCUGUCAAGAAAGAGGCAGUAAAGUCAGAAUCUGGUGAAAAACGCAACGCUAAAUCAGAUUCUGAUGCAAACUUUGAGAAUUUCAAAGAAAACAGAUCAUCUGAUAGCACUGAUUAUUCAAGUGCAAUCUUGAAUGAAGAAACUAACAAUAGCCCAACUGCAGCUAUUUCAUCUUUCACCAAGGAUGUGAUUCUUCAUCAGAGCCCACAUGAAGAUUUCUUGGAUAUUGUUAAGAAUAUGAAUUGCAGUUUCCAGUUUUCAGACACUCUUGAAGAUGUCCAAAAAUCAUAUAUGCCACAGUUUGUGAAAAUUGAAGAGCACAACUUUUUCUCCAGUGAGGAAUCAUGCAGUACUUUCUUUUCUGAUGAUCAAGCUCCAAACCUCCAUUGGUACUGUUCUGAUGAGUGGAAUUGAGGUGGUGGAGGGUGAAAGUUUGAAGCCAAAUCACUCCAAGAAAAUUUUGUACAGUCAAGAAGAUGACGAAGAGGGGGUAGGGUGGUUAGGUGGUGAAGUGAAGUAUCAGUAAGCAUUGCAGAGUUAAGCUUCAAUUAGUAUCCAUAAUAGGAUAAUUCCUGUAAUAGUGGAACUCGUUUGAAGUAGUAAUGAAGAUGGAAAAUAUAUAUGUACAUUCAUUAGGGUUUAAAAUUCUUAAUGCAUGAUCAAGACAUUUGAGUGAUUCUUAUUUUAAA